AUGUCAAUGCCAAGCUCGCGGGAUGCGUCGGACCCAGACGGGGUCGCUGAUGCGACCCUGCAGGAACCACCAGCGAGGGAGGAUUCUGACCUCCCGUCGCCCUCGUCUGCUAGCCUCUUGUCGUCCAGCAGCAACGAAGCUCCAGAGCCAGCCCGGCAACCUCUGGCACGGCAACGAACCAUACGCAACGAGGAUGACCUCUUCAACGUCCUCUCCCGGAGGAGGACAGGCGGCACCAGUAGAAGCGCCCAGGAAAAAGACCAGGACGAUGAGGAGGCGGCAGAGAUAGAGCGGCUCAUGUCCAAAAUGUUUGGCCAGAAGCGUCAGCAGCAGCAAAGCGAGCAAGAACAAACCAGGCACAGCGGCGUCCUCUUUCGCAACCUUACCGUCAAGGGCGUCGGUCUCGGGGCCAGCUUGCAGCCAACCGUCGGCGACGUCUUCACGUCCUUGCCUCGGAAGAUGGCCACCCUCUUGCGCACCUUCUCAACCGCCUCAGAGUCCCAAGGGAAGUCGGCCUUCAGGGCAGCCAUGGCCAAACCGCCCGUUCGCGAGCUGAUCAGCGACUUCAACGGCUGCGUCCGCCCUGGCGAGUUGCUCCUCGUCCUCGGCCGUCCGGGCUCCGGGUGCUCAACCUUUCUCAAGGCAUUCUGCAACCAGCGAUCGGGCUUCGUGUCGGUCGAUGGGGACGUGACGUACGGCGGCACCAGCGCGGACGAGAUGGCCAGGGAUUUCCGUGGCGAGAUCAUCUACAACCCCGAGGACGACCUGCAUUACGCGAGCCUCUCCGUCCGCAGGACGCUCUCCUUUGCGCUGCAGACCAGAACCCCCGGCAAGGAGUCGCGGCUCCAAGGCGAGACCCGCAAAGACUACGUCAAGGAAUUCUUGCGCGUCGUGACGAAGCUGUUUUGGAUCGAGCACACCCUCGGCACAAAGGUCGGCAACGAGUUCAUCCGCGGCGUAUCGGGCGGCGAACGGAAACGGGUGAGCAUAGCAGAGGCCAUGAUCACGCGAGCUUCCGUUCAAGGAUGGGACAACUCGAGCAAAGGCCUCGACGCCAGCACCGCGCAGGAAUAUGUCCGCUCCAUCAGGGCAAUGACCAACAUGGCCGAUGCAUCAACCGCAGUGUCGCUCUACCAGGCGGGAGAAUCCCUCUUUGAGCUCGCGGACAAGGUCCUGCUCAUCGACAGCGGAAAAUGUCUCUACUUUGGUCCGGCCGAGCGCGCAAAGCAGUACUUCCAAGACUUGGGUUUCGAAUGCCGGGAACGCUGGACUACACCCGACUUUCUGACCUCCGUCACCGACGAGCACGAGAGGAACGUUCGCGGCGGGUGGGAAGAUCGCAUCCCCCGGUCCCCCCAAGACUUCGCCCACCUCUACAAAACGAGCCAGGUGUACCGCGACACGCUGGCCGACAUGGAGGAUUUCGAAGCCUCCCUCGAGAAGCGCGCAGAGGAAAGGAGGCAACGCGGGUCGGAAAAGACCAGGCGCAAGAACUACACCCUGCCCUUUCACAAGCAAGUCGUCGCCUGCACCAGGAGACAGUUCCUCGUCAUGACCGGUGAUAGAGCCUCCUUGUUCGGCAAAUGGGGCGGGGUGCUGUUCCAAGGCCUGAUCGUCGGCAGCCUCUUUUUCAAUCUGCCGCAAACUGCUGCGGGAGCAUUCCCGAGAGGGGGAGCCUUGUUCUUCUUGCUGCUGUUCAACGCCCUGUUGGCGUUGGCCGAGCAAACUGCUGCGUUUGAAUCCAAGCCAAUCCUCCUGAAGCACAAGUCCUUUUCGUUCUACCGGCCCGCAGCCUACGCCAUUGCCCAGACGGUUGUCGACGUACCCAUGAUCCUCAUCCAGGUGGCCCUGUUCAACAUCCUCAUCUACUUCAUGGCCAACUUGUCGAGAACUGCGUCGCAGUUCUUCAUUUGCACGCUCAUCUUGUGGCUCGUGACCAUGACCACGUACGCUUUCUUCCGCAUGAUUUCCGCGUGGUGCAAAACGCUCGAUUUGGCGACUCGCUUCACCGGCUUGUCGGUCCAGAUACUGAUAGUCUACACCGGCUACCUGAUACCGCCCGAAUCGAUGCACCCUUGGUUCAGCUGGUUGCGAUGGAUCAACUGGCUGCAGUACGGCUUCGAGUGCCUCAUGUCCAACGAGUUUGCGAGCCUAGACCUCGAAUGUGCGCCGCCGUAUCUCGUUCCGGAAGGUCCUGGGGUCACUCCCGAGCAUCAGUCGUGCGCUUUGAAGGGCAGCGUCCCCGGAAGUGCGUCUGUUCGGGGGAGCAGUUACAUCCAGGAGGCCUUUACGUACUCGCGUUCCCACCUCUGGCGCAAUUUUGGCUUCCUGUGGGCGUUUUUCCUCCUCUUCGUCAUCAUGACGGCGCUCGGCAUGGAGAAGAUGAAGCCGAACGCUGGAGGGGGCGCCAUCACCGUCUUCAAAAGAGGCCAGGUGCCCAAGAGGCUGGAGAAGACGAUUGAGACGGGAGGCCAAGAAGCCGCUGCCGUGGACGAGGAAUCCGGACCAGUUGCCCAUGUAGGUCCGGGGAUGGGAAACGGCCAGGGAAACGAAAAGCCUGAGAGUGGCGACAGCAGCCAGGAGUCUACGAAGCAGUUGGCCAAGAACGAGACCGUCUUUACGUUCCGUGACGUGAACUACACGAUACCGUAUGAAAACGGGGAGCGAAAGCUCCUGCAGCAGGUGCAAGGCUAUGUCAGGCCGGGCAAAUUGACGGCGCUCAUGGGAGCCUCGGGCGCCGGAAAGACUACGUUGCUCAACGCUCUCGCCCAACGCCUCAACCACGGCACACUGACGGGCGAGUUCCUGGUCGACGGCCGCCCGUUACCAAAGUCGUUCCAGAGAGCGACGGGAUUCGUCGAGCAGAUGGACAUUCACGAACCGACGGCGACCGUCCGGGAGGCUCUCCAGUUCUCGGCCCUGCUUCGUCAACCGCGGGAGACCCCCCGCCAGGAGAAGCUGGACUACUGCGAAACCAUCAUCGACCUGCUCGAGAUGCGCGCCUUUGCCGGGGCCGUGAUUGGCAAAGUCGGCGAGGGCCUCGACUCGGAGCAGCGCAAGAGGCUGACCAUUGGCGUGGAGCUCGCCUCCAAGCCCGAGCUGCUCAUGUUCCUCGACGAGCCUACGUCGGGCCUCGACUCGGGCGCCGCCUUCAACGUUGUGCGCUUCCUGCGCAAGCUCGCCGACGCGGGGCAAGCCAUCCUGUGCACGAUCCACCAGCCGUCGGCCGUCUUGUUUGAGAACUUUGACGAGCUCCUGCUCCUCAAGUCGGGCGGGCGCGUCGUCUACCACGGCCCGCUCGGCAGCGACUGCCAGACCCUCAUCCGCUACCUCGAGUCCCACGGCGCGCACGCGUGUCCUCCGGACGCGAACCCGGCAGAGUACAUGCUGGAAGCGAUCGGGGCGGGAGACCCCAACUACCGCGGCAAAGACUGGGCCGACGUCUGGGCCCAGUCCGACGAGCACCGCCAGCGAUCCGCCGACAUUGCCGACAUGAUAUCCCGGAGGAGGAGCGUCGAGCCGACCAGGAGCCUCAGGGACGACCGCGAGUACGCCACCUCGCUGGCCUUCCAGACCAGGACGGUGGUCCGGCGCUCGUUCGUGUCCUACUGGCGGAGCCCCGACUACGUUGUCGGCAAGUUCCUGCUGCACAUCCUCACCGGGCUGUUCAACUGCUUCACCUUUUGGAAGCUCGGCUACUCGCAGACCGACUUCCAGAGCCGGCUCUUCUCCAUCUUCAUGACGCUCACCAUCUCGCCGCCGCUCAUCCAGCAGCUGCAGCCCGUGUUCCUCCGCUCGCGCAGCUUGUUCCAGUCGCGCGAGAACAGCGCCAAGAUGUACUCGUGGUUCGCGUGGACCACGGCGGCCGUGGCCGUCGAGGUGCCCUACGCGCUCGUCGCCGGCGCCGUCUACUUCUGCUGCUGGUGGUGGGGCAUCUUCGGCACCCGCGUCUCGGGCUUCACCUCGGGCUUCACCCUGCUGCUCGUCCUGCUCUUCGAGCUGUACUACGUCAGCUUCGGGCAGGCCAUCGCCUCCUUCGCCCCCAACGAGCUGCUGGCCUCGCUGCUCGUGCCCGUCUUCUUCCUCUUCGUCGUCAGCUUCUGCGGCGUCGUCGUGCCGCCCGCGCAGCUCCCGACCUUUUGGCGCAGCUGGAUGUACUGGCUCUCGCCCUUUCACUACCUGCUCGAGGCGUUGCUGGGGGCCGCCAUCCACGACCAGCCCGUCGAGUGCGCCAGCAGCGAGUUUGCCAGGUUCACCCCCCCGACCGGGCAGUCCUGCCAGGAGUACACGGCCGCCUUCGUCAGCCAGGCGGGCGGGUACGUGCGCGAAGCAGCCGGCGGCGUCUGCGAGUUUUGCCAGUACGCGACGGGCGACGAGUUUGGCAGGAGCUUCUCCGUCUACUACGACCACAUCUGGCGGGACUUUGGCAUAUUCUGCGCCUUUAUCGCCUUCAACUACGGCGUCAUCUACCUCUCGACGUGGCUUCGCUUCAAGGGGAGGAAUCCCCUCGGACGGAUCGCGCCGGGGAAGAAGACGUAG